AUGGAAAGCAAAGUAAAGAUUGAAUCAAGCGAAUUUUGUAAAUUGGGUGCGAAAGGAGCCGGUCACGACGGACAAGCUUGCCUUGCAACAGGAAGUGGGGUGAGUUCUUAUGAUGACACGGUUUAACCAACGUAAAUUUAUUGUCAGUCAGUUUCAUUUUUUGGACAACUCAGUAAACAUGCCCAUGACCUUUCUACACGGAACUUGAAUUCAGAGUUCCGGUCAGAGAUCGUAAAAUUGAUAACAUGUAUAACGGCGACGUAAUGGUAAUUCACAGCCUAUUUGCGCGUUAGCCAAUUAAGUGCGGUCUAUUGGUUCGACAAAAAAUAAACGAUUUAGUACAGCAACCUAAUCAGACAUGAUCAUUCCAGUUUUUACUUAAAAUUUUCUGAAAACACCUGACUAUCUUACUUAAAUGUUUUUAUUUAGACUCCCUGUUUUGGCGACUCCGGUGCUGGUGUCUAUUGCCUCGGUGCGCAGGGACAAUGGGUUUUAUAUGGAAUCAUCAACAGAGGGAGUUUCCUCUGCGAGAAGCAGUAUGCCACAAGCACAAAGAUACUACCUCAUGCAGAAUGGAUCAGAAAAGUAAUAACGACCAGUGCAGUCCACUGGAAUUGA